CACUAAAGGGAGAAGCAGCUGUGUUCAGAGGAGGGGGGAAGAGGUCUGGAUCAAUAACUCCCCCCCAAAAAAACACAAGACAGUGAGAAGAAUUUAACUCUCCAUCCACAGUCUGUGGGAUCAAUAUACUAAUUAACUACCCUGCAAGCGGCAUCAUUCCUAAAGGUAGAGCAGGGGACCCUUCACUGGCUGGCCUGGCACUUAUCAAAUACCCAGCGUGGAGAGUGGCACCUACCUGGUACCAGGGGGAUAGGAAUACCCCCUACCCAUCAGGACAGGCUGAACUGGGUGGCACCUUUAGACUCUGGGUACCAGGGACAUCUACAGCUGGGCAGUGGGAGUCUGCUUAUUUGGGCUCAAGUGCCUUCUGUGUCCCUCUCCCCUAUACCCACCUCGCCCCAAUGAAGGAACCAGAUGCUAUCAAACUUUUUAUUGGGCAAAUUCCCAGGAACCUGGAGGAGAAGGACCUCAAGCCAAUCUUCGAGCAGUUUGGAAAAAUCUAUGAACUUACAGUCAUCAAGGAUAAAUUUACAGGGAUGCACAAAGGAUGCGCUUUCCUCACGUACUGCGCCCGAGAGUCUGCACUCAAAGCCCAGAGUGCCCUGCAUGAGCAGAAGACCCUGCCAGGGAUGAACCGGCCAAUUCAGGUGAAACCAGCAGAUAGUGAAAGCAGAGGAGAGGACCGCAAACUUUUUGUGGGUAUGCUUGGAAAGCAACAAACAGAUGAGGAUGUUCGGAGGAUGUUUGAACCCUUUGGAAAUAUUGAUGAGUGUACUGUUCUGCGGGGGCCGGAUGGAACCAGCAAAGGCUGUGCAUUUGUGAAGUUUCAGACACACACAGAGGCUCAGGCAGCGAUUAACACACUGCAUGGGAGCAGAACUCUUCCGGGUGCCUCCUCCAGCUUGGUGGUGAAAUUUGCAGACACUGAGAAGGAGCGGGGCUUGCGUAGGAUGCAGCAGGUGGCCAACCAGCUGGGCAUGUUCAGUCCGAUCGCUUUGCAGUUUGGGGCGUACAGCGCGUACACACAGGCAGUAAGUGACCAGCUCAUGCAGCAGCAGGCUGCCCUGGUGGCCGCCCACAGCGCUUACCUCAAUCCCAUGGCAACAAUGGCUGCUGUGCAGAUGCAGCAGAUGGCGACAAUCAAUCCCAACGGGAUCAUAGCCACUCCUAUUACACCUAUCACCCCCAUCACCUCUUCUUCAGGUACAAGUACCCCCCCAACACUUGCUGCCACACCAGUAUCUGCCAUUCCUGCCACACUGGGGGUCAAUGGGUACAGUGCUGUGCCCACUCAAAGCAGUGUACAGCCUAGUUCGGAGGCAAUCUACACCAAUGGCCUGCACCCUUACCCAGCUCAGAGUCCUGUUACCCAGCUGGACCCCCUUCAACAAGCCUAUGCUGGAAUGCAGCAUUACACAGCUGCCUAUCCUGCAGCGUAUGGUUUGGUGAGCCCGGCGUUCACACAGCCUCAACCUCUGCUCCAACAGCAGCCUCCACAACAACAGCAACAGAGAGAGGGUCCAGAAGGAUGCAACAUCUUCAUUUAUCACCUGCCACAGGAAUUCACUGACUCAGAAAUCCUGCAGAUGUUCCUCCCAUUUGGAAAUGUUAUCUCCGCCAAAGUUUUUGUAGACCGAGCUACCAAUCAGAGCAAGUGUUUUGGCUUUGUAAGCUUUGACAAUCCAGGCAGCGCUCAAGCUGCUAUUCAGGCAAUGAAUGGAUUCCAGAUCGGCAUGAAGAGGCUUAAAGUACAACUUAAACGACCAAAAGAUGCCAACCGGCCAUACUAAGGCGAUCAGUGGGUGUACCUGAUUUUGGGGUGCGAGGGGAUCCUGGGUCCAGUCCCUCGUUACUUUCUCUUUCCAUGCCUCAUGACGGACUCCAUUUACUGCUGCUGGACCAAGGAUACCAUAUUUUCAGGGGAAAACUCAAACCGCUGAACCCGGUAAUUGCCCAAAUCUUACCAGCAAGAACCUCCCCCUCGCGCCUUGGAGGAGGAGGAGGACACAUUCCUGGCUCUCAGCGCACAUCCUGACGGGUGAGGAGCAAGCAGGGCUAAACAUUUAAACGUCGGACACCGGAUUUAUUUUCUACAUGUUAAGUGACUGAUGAAGGAAAAAAAAAAACUUAAAAAAAAAAAAACUACUGUGUUUUAAGACGCAAGAGAAUUUUGACUGCAAAACAGAUGAAGUGUAGAUGCAACGGCACAGGGGUGAAUAUUCUGGGGAUCAUAUUGUGUAGAGUUAAGGUUUAUUUAAUCCCUCAGAGGACAGGGAGAUUUGAAAAAAAAAAUGUCUUCAUAUUUCACAGGCAGCCCUAUCCCACGGGGUCAAAGGGGUACCUACAGAAGUUGCAGGUAAUAGCCUGCAAAUAUCUAUGUUGAAAAAUCUGGAGAGGAAAGUGACCAGUGACCUGUCCUACAUCACAUUAAAAAUUAACCAAUGGGACACAAGUGUGAUUUUCUGCUUACAGAAAAUGAAGGGUGCAAUACAAUCAUUAUAAUAUGGAUUAGGAGUAUAAGAGCCAUGAUGCAUUUCUGAUGUCACAGAGCUGUAGUCCUAAGGCCCCAACAACCCCUAAACCCUUUCAGCACCAAAUAUUGUAGGUAAUGAGUUUCAAAGCAUCAUUGUAUUUACUAUGUUAAUCCUUACAAUGUCAAUUUUUCCAUUAUUACAAAGCAUGCAUGGGUUAGUUCAGUGGUUCCCAAACCAGUACUCUUUGCCCACCAACAGUCCAGGAUUUAUGUAUUUCCCUGGUUUAUUGCAAUGGAGAUACUGAUAAAACCUGGACUAUUGGUGGGUCUGGAGGACUGGUUUGGGAAACACUUGAUUCUCAUGGAGAACAUCCAUCAUGAUCUUAACAAUCUCUCUAUAGAGAGUGAUUUCAAACAGCUUUAGGAGAGGAGGGAAGGCAAGUGAAUACUUAUGCAGGAUUUGUCACUCAAAAUACAACUCUGCUGAUGUUUAAUAGUAACUAAUAAUAGUUCACGAAAAGCAUUACACUAUUUGAAAACUUAAAAACAAAAUAUGCACUUUUUGAAGAUACAUUUACAGGGACAACAACCAAAAGCUGACAGAUCUGCUUUAACAAUGAAACCCAGUCUAUGGUUUAACUAAUAUACACAAACAUAUACCAAAUUAUCCCUUACCCUAAACAGAACAUCCAGAACUUGAAGUUAAAUAGCUUUUUCUUUCAGACUUCUGGGAAAUGCAAUAUAAUUUUGCACUCUUGCUUUCUACAACGUCUUCCAGCAGCCUUCUGCUCUGGAUAGAUUGCUUGAAAUUACCCCAUCCCCAGUUCAAACAGUUGUUUUACCAUACUGAAACAAUUAUAGCAUAUCAUACAUUGUCUGUAUGUAUAGGUGUAUGUGUGGCUAUGACCUCUUUUCUGUGUGU